CAAAAGAAGUGUGCGCGAAAUAUUCAACUGCGGUUGUAGCCAGGUGCGCUUUUGGGAUUGACGCAAAAUGUUUCGAGAAUGAAAACUCGGAAUUCAGGCGGAUUAGCAAAGAUCUAUUUGAUCUGAGACUCGAUAACACUGUCCGGCAACUGAUGAACUGGUUUGCAUCGUCAAUUGCAAAUUAUUGGAGAAUUGCUUUAGUAAGUGCCGAGACUUUGACGACUUUGACUAAUAUAUUCAGUAGCGCCGUGAAGCAAAGGUCAGAAAACAUUCCGGCCCAAAAAGCGAGAGAUUUUAUUGAUUUAAUGUUGCAACUUAAAAAGGACAAUCAAAACGACGUUGCCCUAACUGAGCCCAGAUUGCUGGCACAAGCAAUACAGAUUUUCGCAGCCGGCUUUGAAACUGUGAACAGUUCACUCGCUUACACUAUUCAUGAGCUCGCCAUUAACCCAAGCAUCCAAGAAAGGCUCAGAGAGGAAAUAAAAGAAACCAUAGCAAAAUAUAAUGGGGAAAUCACAUACGAAGCUAUUCAAGAAAUGAAAUAUCUGGAUAUGUGCUUUAGUGAAACUUUAAGAAAAUAUCCAGUGUUGCCAUUUUUGGACAGAAGGUGUACCAAAGAUUACGUGCUCCCGGGAACAAACGUAUUUAUUAAAGAGGGUAUACCGGUUCUAGUACCAAUGAUGGGAAUUCAUAGUGACCCAAAGUUUUAUCCAGAUCCCGACACUUAUGACCCGGAAAGGUUUAAGGAUAAGAGUGUUUACAAUACCGAUGGAUUUAACUAUUUUCCUUUUGGCGAAGGACCCAGAAGUUGUAUUGGCGAGCGAUUUGGUCUGUUGACUAUCAAACUGGGCUUUGUUAAAAUUCUGUCGCAAUUUGAAGUCAAAACGAACCAGGAGACGCAGCAUCCAUUGAAUUUCGAAGCCAAAAGUUUUCUCCUGCUCACCCGUAAAGGAGUGCCGCUGACUUUCGUGCCACUGAAAGACAAACAAUUAUAGAGCACUAAGCACGCAUACAGCAAGAACUCAAUAAUGUUAGUAAAGUAGAGUAAAGCAUCUGUUGCUGAAAUUAUAAAAAAUGUGUUAUUAAUGUUUUC